ACUGGGUUUAACAGACCUAAUGCCACUGCUGCAGACCGGACUGCAGAAGGAGCUGAUGCAGCAUCAUCAAUUGAGAUGGCCAAUCACCAGGAACAACAUUGAAUUCUUUCAAACUGCAAUCAUUAUGUGUGACUAAUUGAUACUAAUCACAGAGACAAUUAGGAAAGGGUGAUACCGAAAACCAGAUAGAUGGCAGGAGGAGAAGGAGGGCCAUCGUUUGAGUCUACACCAUCAUGGAUCAUUGGAGCAGUGGUGUUUCUGAUGGUUGCUGUUUCUUGGUUCACCGAAAAACUUCUUAGUUUCCUCGGUCAGAUGUUGAAAAGAAAGGAAAAGAAGCCCCUUUAUGAUGCCUUACAGAAGAUCAAAGAAGAGUUGAUGCUGUUGGGGUUUGUAUCGCUGCUUCUGGCUGUUUUCCAAGAUGAGAUUGCAAGUACAUGCAUAUCAGAAAAAUUAGCCAAGAAGUGGAUCCCUUGUCAUGUUGAAAAGUCAACCAGUAAUGAUAUCUCCCAUUUUCAGAUCUCUCUCCUUCCCAGUGGAGGACGCCGCCUUCUAGCUGAGGAGACCACCUUUUCUUGCCCAAAGGGAAAGGCGCCUUUUGUAUCUGUUGGUGUACUUCAUCAGCUACAUUACCUUAUAUUUAUAUUAGCAAUUGUCCAUCUGGUUAGCUGCACAGUAACAGUUCUUCUGGGAGAAGUGAAGAUUAGUCAGUGGUGGAAGUGGGAGGAAUCUAUAAGAAGGCAGAUUGAUGUUAACAACGAUACAGACAGAGUCAUUGAUAUCAGAAGCCUUACAUUUAUUAAGGAGCGGUUUGAAGGUGUUGAUGCUAAGAAACGUAAUUAUGCGAUCUCAUUCUUCAAGCACCUAGCCGGGAUAGUGACAAAAGCAGAUUACACAGCAAUGAGAUUGGGCUUCAUUUUGACUCACUGCAACGCAAAUCAGACAUUUAACUUUCACAAGUACAUGGUGUAUGCCUAUGAAGCUGAUUUUCAGAAGGUUGUCUCAAUCAGUUGGUUCCUUUGGAUAUUGGUUGUUUCUUCCUUGACAUUCAAUGUAGCAAGUUGGAACAUAUAUCUUUGGUUAUCAUUCAUCCCCCUGAUUCUCCUACUUCUCGUUGGCACCAAACUGGAACAAGUGAUCACAGAGUUGGCUAUCUAUGUUGCUCAAAGACAUUCCGUGCUUGUCGGAGAAGUAAGAAUUCAACCAUCAGAUGAAUACUUUUGGUUCAGCAAACCUAAAUUUGUCCUAUGCUUGAUCCAUGUCAUCCUAUUCCUGAAUUCGUUUGGGUUCGCAAUUUUUUUCUGGACACUGCUUAAAUUCGGCUUCCACUCGUGUGUCAUGGGUGAAGCAAAAUAUGUAUAUGGUAGAAUAAGUAUAAUGGUGGUUGUUCAAACUAUUUGCAGUUAUAGUACUCUACCACUCUAUGCAAUAGUGACACAGAUGGGAAGUUCUUACAAUGAGGCAGCAAUGAAAAGGCAUGGAUUUCUGAGGAACGAAACGCAACAACUUGAACUGAGAUGACAAUCAGCUGGGUGAACGAUAACAGGUCUGAAAGGAAAAGAAAAUAACUAAACAUCAACUGGACUUGCUAUGCUUUUUUCCUUAGCAGUGUCAUCACUGUUGUCAUAAAAUCUAAAAGCAAGUAGGCACCUUUUCAGUAUAAGUGUGUGAACCAAGCAUUGUCCCAGGUUGUUACUAAUCAAAAUACAAAUGAUGCUAGCAGUAAAUUCAUCAAUCAAUAAGGAUUGUAUAGUUGACAGCACGUACAUUGUAUAAUAAUUUGGAACAAAAUGUUGAAUAUAGAUCGAAAAAAGAAUUAAGAAGUGUGAUUUUCAUUCAACGAGGUUUGGUGUUUGAAACAUCUAUCUACAAUGGUAAAUAGUUUCAAAGAA